AAAUUCUCCCUAAUUUCCACAUCCACUAAUUCAACAACUUCUAAUUCUUCAAAUCCCCAAAUUUGAAAGUCCUCAAAUAUUCAACCUCCCAGAUUCCCAAGCACCUAUACAUUCAACUUCCCAAAUUUCCCCAAUGUCCACAAUAAAAGUCCCAUACCAAAUGUCAAUCGCCGAUUCCCGUUUAAUCAUCGAACCCAGCAAUUAUUAUUUCCCGUCUCCAUAAUCUCACCAGCAAAUUACCUUCAUUAGCGAUCGAAUCACGUCAUUCCUCCGAGCCUCUCGCCAUAAAGAUGCAAAAGGACAUUGUGUCUCGAUAAAUAUUAUUUAUAGCCAUCGGUCGAACGUUCCCUAUAGUAUUGCCUCUCGACUAUCCCGUACGUGACAACUGUAGACAUUGUCCAGUUAGUUUCGUGGGAGCCUUCGAGGAAUCGAAUUGGCAAAUCUCAACUUCCUGUUACCCAAAGUCCACGGUUAUCAGCCACAGUCCCCGAUCGCUUCCGCAUCGAGCGGAAACAUGGAGCGGAUCUGCGGGUGGGGUUCUUCGGCCGCGUAUAAAGCUAAGAAGAACCGGUCGAUUUUCGUCAGUGGAAUCGUUUCGAACCGUGUAUCCCCUUUUUCCCUUGAAAGUACACCAUGAAUUCGUCGAUCGUUUGCUCGUUCGUUAUUCUCCUGUUAGCCUCCGCUUUUGCGUGGCCAUUUCGGCGACGGGACGUGUUGGACAAUUCGGUGGACAGCCCUGAUGGCGUGAUCGCUCAUCUUCAACAUUUCGGACCGAUGCUCUACGGAUUCCCGGAUAACGAAACCGGGGCAAUUGUGGCAACCUGGCAUGAGGGUUGGGAUAGAAAUCCGGAGGAGUUGGGCAACUAUGCGGAGGGUGACAUUCUGUUUCCACUGCAGCUCGGGAAAAAUGGCAUCAGAGCGGAAUCCGCUCGAUGGCCUGGUGGUGUUGUGCCCUAUAUGAUUAGUCCUUAUUUCAACACACAACAGCGAAAUUUAAUUUUCGAUGCCAUGGAGGAUUAUCACAAGUAUACGUGCAUCAAGUUCAAGCCUUACACAGGAGAAGAAAGCGAUUAUAUCAGGAUCACUGCUGGGAACAGCGGUUGCUGGAGCAGCGUGGGAAGAAUCGGUGGACAACAAGACGUAAAUCUUCAGGUUCCAGGUUGUUUAGUGAAAAAAGGCACUGUGAUCCAUGAACUGAUGCACGCUGUAGGGUUCUUGCACGAACAGAGCAGGUUCGAACGAGACGAAUACGUGACGAUACAGUGGCAAAAUAUUUUGAAUGGACACACUGGAAAUUUUGCGAAGGCGUCGAAGCAGACUACCGACGCGUUUGGUGUUGGUUACGAUUAUGGCAGCGUGAUGCAUUAUUCCGCAAACGCGUUUUCCAAGAACGGUCAACCCACCAUAGUGACAAAAGAAACUGGCGGCGGCCUUCUAAGUGUUAUUGGCGAAAUAUUCCAGGGUGGCAAUAAAGGACAACUGGGACAACGAGAAGGCUUCAGUAAAAGAGACAUCCAGAAAAUUCGGAAGAUGUACAAAUGCGGCAAACGGAGACGAAGUUAUUGAUUUAUGGAACCGCAGACGAUGGCUUGAUAGAGAUUUUGGCAUCGACGACAAAGAAGAAGAAACUUGAGAAUCUAGUCUUUUAUAAUUAAGCUUUACCUCACCUUUAAACUUUAUUCUAUCUUUAAAGUAUGACGAUUUUAUUAAAACGAUACGAAUUUAGAAGCGGUCAUGGCAAAUCAAUAUGGAUAAAGAGAGAAAUAUAAAUUUAGAGAAACUGUUUGUGUGUGCAUGUUGGUGAAUGUGAAUAAUUUUAUUGUUAAAUAUUAGAUGUAUUCAAUGCUAUAAAAUAUUGUAAUAAAUGCGUUCGAUAGAAUU